AUGUUUCUUUUAAUUUUCCUGUUAUCAACCUGCUUUGCCCUAAAACAUCAGUUGUUGGAAACGAGAUACAUCGAGGUUCCGUUGGAUCACUUUUCUACAGUCCCCAAUACCACGAAAUUCAACCUAAGAUACUUGAUGAAUUCGAAUUAUUACCGUAAAAACGGACCCGUUUUCCUGUUCAUCGGCGGCCAACGCGACAUUAUGAUGUCCGCCCUAAAUUCCGGAUUCCUCUUCGAUAUAGCUCCGUAUUUCAACGCCCUGUUGAUAUUCAUCGAACAUCGUUAUUACGGGAAAUCGUUGCCUUUCGGAGGAAAUGUCUCUACCAGCCCUGAAUAUUUCAGGUACCUUUCGGUGGUCCAAGCGCUGCAGGAUUACGCGUACUUCAUAGAAGAAUUGAAGAAAACACUGACACGGGGCGCUAAUCAUCCGGAAGAGCCAAAUGUGGUGCUCUUUGGCUCGUAUUACGGCGGUAUGUUAUCGACGUGGAUGCGAAUGAAAUACCCCUUUUCAGUAGUGGGAUCCGUUGCUUCGAGCGCACCACUUUUCCACUUUGAAGGCUUAAUCGAUUGCGGGCGAUAUUUACACGAAAUCACGACGAUCUUCGAGGCUUUCGGACAGAAGAAGUGCGUGAAGUACAUCAAACUAGGGUGGAAAGUUAUCUUGCAUUCGUCGACGUCCAAACAAGAGAGAAAUUACCUAUCGGAAAAAUUCAAGCUCUGCAGAAACAUAGAAACAGCCGCAGACGUGUACAAGCUACUGGAUUGGUUGAAAAACAUGUACGUGCACAUGGCGCUAUUUAAUUACCCAUACAAUACUUACUACUACAAACCUUUACCGGCAAACAUAAUACGACUCUUCUGCGACAAAGUGGUCAGCGGCUCUUCGGAUCACAGCACGGAUUUGAUCCAGAUUAUCAGCGAGGCGGCGGGGAUUUACGCGAACUACACCGGAAAGACGCCAUGUACUAAUUACGAUUUUAAUUACAACGAGGCCGAAGAGACCGCUUGGAAUUACCAAACGUGUACGGAACUGGUCAUGCCGAUGUGCUCGACCAGCAAGGACAUGUUUAUGUCGAAGCGAUGGACUCACGAAAGCUACCAGGAGGAUUGUUUGGAGAAAUUCGGCGUCAGGCCUAAGCCCCAUUGGGCUCGGGUGACUUUUGGAGGGAAAAAUUUAAUGUAUCAGUCGAAUUUGCUGUUUUCGAUGGGUUCCCUAGAUCCUACGUCAGUUGGCGGUGUUUAUUUUAACAAAUCUAGACCCAGUUAUCCGUUGUUGUCUUACGUGAUUCCCGAAACCCCGCAUUUGAUGGACUUCCGAAGUACAAGAAAAAGCGACGUCGAGUACGUUAGCAAGGCGAGAAAGUUCUACGUGCAAGUGUUAAAAAAGUGGCUUAAAAUGUAUUUUACGUAAAAUAAAUUGGCUAACAGUAGGUUUGUUCCAACUCA